AUGAAGCUAAAGGCGACCUUCUCCGUGAUAUUAUGCUGGAUUUAUUGCAGUCCGGCAUGGGCAUUCCAACAACCGAUUGGUAUACUCGAAAACAAGAAAGGCCAAAUUUCUGCUGAUGUCGAAGAAGACUACAAGAAGGGACUGGAUGCUACCAGAAUUCGUGAAUCUCUCAAAUAUUAUACAUCAAAAGCUCAUACUGCUGGAACUCCUGAAGACUAUGAGCAAGCACUGUGGACAGUCGAGCAAUGGAAAGAGGCUGGUAUUGAAGACGCUCAUAUUGAAGAAUAUUGGCCAUUAAUCAACUAUCCUGGACCUAGAAGUCUCAGUCUUCACAACAAGACAGACAUGAUCUUCAACGCCUCCCUCAUUGAAGAUCCAGUCGACGGCGACCCAACAUCGCAAAACAACACAGCAGUACCCAGUUUCCACGGCUACGGCGCAUCAGGAAAAGUACGCGGCAAGCUGGUAUACGUGAAUUAUGGUGGCAUUGACGAUUUUGCAGCUUUGAAGAAAGCUGGGAUUAGCGUCAAAGGUAAAAUCGUGAUUGUACGAUACGGUGGCCAAUUCCGUGGUAUCAAAGUACGAGCAGCCGAAUUCGCAGGUGCUAAAGGUGUCUUGAUAUACUCUGAUCCUAAAGAUGAUGGGUUUGUACGUGGUGCUGUGUAUCCUGAUGGCCCAUGGCGUCCGAAAUCUGGUAUACAACGAGGAUCAGUGCAAUAUGGGGUGUUGUAUGAUGGAGAUCCACUUACUCCCGGUGUACCUGCUCUAAAGGACUCCAAACGAAUUCCAAUGGAGAAGGCCAAUAUUCCGAAAAUUCCGUCAUUGCCUAUAUCGUAUGGUGAUGCAGAACCCUUCUUGCGAGCACUUGUUGGACAUGGCAAGAAGGCUGCCCAUAUAAAAUCAAGCUGGCAAGGUGGAUUGGACUUUGAGUAUUAUACCGGACCGAGUGAAUUGGAGGUUCAUUUGAAUGUUGAGAUGGAUUAUAAGAUAAGACCUGUUUGGAAUGUUAUUGGGAGUGUCCUUGGUGGUGAAGAACCCGAGCGUUCUGUUGUGGUUGGGAAUCAUCGCGACGCUUGGGUUGGGUCAUCCGCUCACUUGGAAAUGGUUCGGAGUCUUGGUGCAAUGGUCAAAUCAGGGUGGAAACCAGCUCGAACCAUUGUUUUGGCAAGUUGGGAUGCAGAGGAGUACGGACUUAUUGGAAGUACCGAAUACGUGGAACAAUAUGUCAAGUUUGUAUCCAAGGAGGUGGUUGCAUACAUCAAUAUGGAUUCUGGGGUGUCAGGACCGUAUUUUCACGCGUCAGCAUCCCCAUUACUAGCCAAUUUACUUCGAGAUGUUUCAAGGGACGUUAUCAAUCCACAAACUGGCAAGCCUGUCUAUGAUGAUUGGGUAGCUCGAGAACCAGAAUUCAGUCCUGUAGGCGCAGUGCCCAGUGUGCGCGGCUUAGGAUCUGGAUCUGAUUACGUUGCGUUCCUGCAACAUGCAGGUGUUGCGUCUAUUGAUCUUGGAUUUACAGGAUCAUAUGGAGUGUAUCAUUCAAAUUAUGAUUCUUUUACAUGGAUGUCCAAGUAUGGCGAUCCUACAUGGGAAUACCAUGUUGCCGCUGCUGAAAUCAUGGGACUCCUCACACUCCGCAUCGCAACAUCUCCAAUCCUCCCAUUCGAUCCAACUACCUAUCCGUACGCCCUCUUGGGAUACACAGCAGACAUUGCCGACUUGCUGCUCAAAGCACCCCAUCAAUCUCUCUGGAACUCUAUAUCCACUCUCUUCCGCUUCAAUGAGGUCAAACUAGAUGCCAUAUACUGUGCUAUAGGACAUAUGGAUGUAUCAGCUCGAAUGCUAGCCAAAGAAGCCCACAAAGCAUCUCAAGACACGACAAUUACAAGUCUUGAAACGAGAAAGAGUAUUAAUGACUUGUUGGCGUUUAGUGAGCGUGCGUUUUUGGAUGAGAAGGGGAUUCCGGGACGGGAUUGGUUUAAGCAUGUGUUGUAUUGUGCUGGAUUAUGGGCUGGCUAUGCAGUUGAAGUGUACCCAGCUAUUCGUGAAGCCAUUGCAUCCAAUGAUAUGCAAGAAGUCCAGCGUCGCAUUGACCGUGUUGCUACGAUUCUUGAACGGGUUGCUCAUGCCAUGAAACCAUAA